CUACUUUACCCUGUUCCCUUCCUUCUCUUUCAUACCUCCCCCUCCCCCUUAUAUUGCUAGAAUUCCCAUCCCACUCCAACUACGAAAUAACACCAAAAGAACACAAGUUUUACACUCUCUUGCUCGUGCAGUCCAGCUUCUUGAUAAAGUCAAGUCAAUCCCUAAAACAUUCCAACACUUUUUUGUCACAAUAUGGAUGAUUACUACACAAGGAGUCAUGUUCCAGCUUUUGGGAGCUGGGAUUGGAACAACGACCUCCCUUUCACUCAGUGUUUUGAAUCAGCUAGACAAGCGGGGUUGCUUCGUUACAGUUACUCUGAGGAUCGUGAUUUGUAUGUUGCCGGUGAUCUUUAUGAUAACGAUGUUGUUACUCCUGCCAUGAUCGUUGUUCCUCGCAGAAGGAAGAAAGGACGAAAGUCAAAUGACAAAGAAGGGAAAAGGCAAAACUGGGAGAUCAAUGACGUGAAGGAAUCACCAAGCCCCACUCCUCUGCACCGCCCAACACCCAAACCCGUUGAUGAAGACCUCUAUAAAAUCUCCCCACACCUCCUUUACGCUAAACCCAGAAAGAAGAGAGGGUUGAGCUUCUUUGCUAGCUGCAUGGUUCCUACAUGUGUGUUGUGAAGCUGCUAUUUGGCCGCAGCCCAAGUGCAUGCUUAAGCUAUUUAUGUAUAGGAUAAAGUAAAUAGGGUCAUCAGAAAGGAGUAGAUGGGUAAAAAAAAAAAAGGCACGGGAAUGUACUUGUUUCCCUCUCCUUGGUUUAGGAAUGAAGGGGAUAAUUGGGUGUGGAGGAGAAUUAUUUUAGUUAUUUACUUUCUACUAUGUUGAGGGUUAUUGUGGGCUGAAUCUUGUUUUUUGAGGUCUUCUUUUUAUUAUUAACAGUUUCUUGUUUUGGAAAGCUAUCUUUUAGAGGUUUUUGAAUGAAAAAAGUUCGGUAAAA